CUGUGUGGCGCACGGGGGCGCGCUUCACGCUGCAGAUGUGUCGCAGAUUUAAAAAGUCACUGUACUCAUCUAGUACAAGGAAAUGGAGCAGUGCAAAGCAUAAAAUACUGAAUUGUAAACAAGGCAGCGGAAGAGCGGGAACGCGUGCAGCCAUUGUAACAGUGCAUGGGAUUUGCAAUUCAUAGUUACUUUAACGACCAGAAGGAAAAGCACUAAGAUAAAUUGACAGCUACUUCAUUAUUUUUAGGGGAACAACUUAACUGAUGGAACUGUCGGCAAUCGGUGAGCAAGUGUUCGCGGUGGAAUCAAUCAUAAAGAAAAGAGUUAGAAAGGGUCAUGUCGAAUAUUUAUUGAAGUGGAAGGGGUGGCCUCCCAAGUACAGCACAUGGGAGCCAGAGGAGCACAUUCUAGACCCUCGACUGGUUUUAGCGUAUGAGGAAAAAGAACAGAGAGAAAGGUCAGUGAGGUGGCGUAAAAGAGGCCCAAAACCGAAAAGACUCUUCAUGCAGAGAAAUAUUUACGCAAUGGAUCUACGCAGCGCACACAAAGAUACAGAGAAGUCUUCAGCACAUCUGCCGCUCACGCUUGACCCAAGGUUCCAGUCCACAGGGGCUUGUAUAUAUCGACAAUUAACCCACCACAAGAAAAAGAAGAAAGCAUCCAGAGAGACUUCUGAGGAAGAAUGGGAUAGAAGAGAAGAUGAUGAUGAUGAUGAUGAUGAUGAGGGGGUUAUGGAGGAGGAGGAGGAAGAAGAAGAGGACACAAGACAAGGAGGAACUAAAACUGGCAGCAACACUUUAAACAAGCAUGUCAGGAGAGGUCGCUGGAGUCCAACCACUGGAUCAGAGGCAAUGACUAUAUCUCCUUUACCUGAAGACUGGAGUCCAGUUAUGGGCCCAGAGGAGGUCAUUGUGACAGAUAUCACCAUCAACUCACUGACUGUGACUUUUAGAGAGGCCUUGGUAGCAAGGGGGUUCUUCAGGAGCUGGGAGAUGGAGAUCUGACAUUACAGAGACUGAGGAUAGUCAAAGCAAGGAGGAAAGAGAAUUGGUACAUCCUUUUUUGCAUUGUUGAUUAUGUGCUUGCACAACUUCCGCCAGUGUUUCAGACUACAUUUAUUUGCACUAUUAGUUCUAAUUGAGUUAAAACCUUCCAAAAUGUUGUUUCAGUGAUUACAAUCAAUCAAGUAACAGUAACAGGUCAUGCCAUUUAAUGGCAAUAACUGAUAGUAUGAUGAGAUUUUGAACUUGUAUUGACCAUGAAAAAAAUCAAGCCAGUUCUCUGAUACUGGUUUUGACUGUGUUUUGCAGUGAAGUUUACUAACUAACUGGGAUAAACUUUAUUCUGUCUGGUCAUGUAUUUGCAUGAAAUACAUAAUGUUAGUUCAGAGUAGCACAAUGAAGUAUUCCUAAAAGCCAAGCUGUCACAUAUAUGUCUAUACAUAUUCACAUUACAUGUAUGUAUAUAUAUAUAAAUAUAUACAGUCAUGGCCAAAAAUAUCAGCACCCUUGGUAAAUAUGAUCAAAGAAGGCUGUGAAAAUUAAUCUGCAUUGUUAAAUGGGGGGAAAUAUCAUUAUGAAAUAAAUGUUUUUCUCAAAUACACGUUGGACACAAUUAUUGGCACCCCUAGACAUUCUUAUGAGUAAAAUAUCUCUGAAGUAUAUUCCCAUUCAUAUUCACAAUUUUGAGGACUCCAGGGUGAUUGUGAACAUGAAAUUAUCCAGCCAUGGCUUUCUGUUUCACAGAAAUAUAAACAGGAGGGAAAACAAAGCCCAUAUUCCUUUAAUCAUCCAUCAUAAUGAGAAAAAACAAAGAAUAUAUUUCAGAUGUGCAGCAAAAGAUAAUUGAGCUUCACAAUUUAGUUAAGUGGCUUUAAGAAAAGAGCUAGAGCAGUGAAAGUGGCCACCAAUAAUUAAGAAUUUCCAAUCAACAUAAAAUGUUACAAAACUGCCUGGAAGAGGAUGUGUGUCUGUAUCGUCCUAAUUCACAGUGAGGAGGAGAGUUUGAGUGGCUAAAGACUCUCCAAGGACCACAGCUGGAGAAUUGCAGAAAAUAGUUGAGUCUCGGGGUCAGAAAACCUUUAAAAAAAAUUGUCAAACAGCACCUACAUCACCACAUGUUGUUUGGGAGGGUUUCAAGAAGAAUUCUCCUAGCUCAUCCAAAAACAAACUCCAGCAUAUUCAGUUAUCAGACACGACUGGAACUUCAAAUGGGACUGGCUUCUAUGGUCAGAUGAAACUAAAAAAUGAGCUUUUUAGCAGCAAACACUCAAGAUGUGUUUGGUGAACACAGGGAUAAAAAGUACCCCAUGUGUACAAUGAAAUAUACUGCUGUAUUUUUGAUGUUGUGGGCCUAUAUUUCUGCUGGAGGUCCUGGACAUCUUGUUUAGAAACAUGGCAUCAUGGAUUCUAUCAAAUACCAACAGAUAAAAAAAUCAAUAAGUGACUGACUCUGUCAGAAAUCUUAUAAUGGGCCAUGUUUGGAUCUUCCAACCGUACAAUAAUCCAAACACAAACCUCAAAAACAACACAAAAAUGGGUCACUGAGCACAAAACCAAGCUUCUGCUGGCCAUUCCAGUCCUCUGACCUGAACCCUAUAGAAAAUGAGUGGGUGAACUGAAGAGAAGAAGCACCAACAUGGAGCUGGGAAUCUAAAGGGUCUGGAGUGAUUCUGGAUGAAGGAAUGGUCUCUGAUCUCUUGUCAGGUUUUCUCCUCAUCAGGCAUUAUUGGAUAAAAUUUAGAGCUGUUAAACUGGCAAAUGGAGGUUUCAAAAAGUAUUGAAUAAAAGGGUGCCGUUAAUUGUGUCCAACGUGUCAUUGAGAAAAUUUAUUUCAUAAUAUUUACCCCCAUUUAAAAUUCUUAUCCAAUGAAAGGUUUGAUUUUCGUGAAUUUUUUUAAAUAAAAGAUCAAAAGGAUUAACAAUGCAGAUUAAUUUCCACAGCCUUCGUUGAUCAUAUUUACCAAGGGUGCCGAUAUUUUUGGCCAUGACUGUAUAUAUAUACUUGAUAUACUUGGUGAACAUAUUCUAAUCUUGACCUUCAAUUUAAAUUACACACCUCACGCAGUAAAUUAGAAUUAGUGGCCUCUUGAUACUCAAAAUAUGUGAAAUAUAGCAGUUCAACACUUAGUGUGCAGUCCUUGACAGUUCAUAAACAAAAUAUUAGUGUGAAACAAAAAAUUCUGUACUCCUUGCACAAUUAUGUUCUAACUUUUGAGCGUGAUUAUGUGUAUGGAAUAAAGUUGCAUUUUUUUUUUUUUUUCCCAACACUAUCGCUUGCUAGUAUCUCAUCUAUUUGCAGUGUUUGUGCAAUUUUUUUUUUGUCCUGCCAAGUAUGACUUUAACCAUCUUGUACAGUAGUCUACAACGUUAGAUUUAACUUGACUGCUGUUUAUUUUCGGUGUUAUUUUAGUCCAAGAUGAAAACUGAGACCUGAAGACAAAAAAAAAUUCUAUAUUGAGGUGAAUGUAUAUUUAGCCUCUAGGAACAUCCAUCUCUGGGGGCUCAACUGUUUAAUAUUUGACUUCAUGUGACCUGUAUAUAUUUGAUAGACUAUGUCUGUGCCAAAUGUCUGUGGUUGCUUUUGCUAUUCAGAGUAUUUGCACUUUAAAAUGGAAAACUUGGUAUUAUGAUGCCAUUAAUAAAACCUUGGUGUAACUCUAUCAUUAUCCAUUACUUUUUAUAUUUAAUCAGCAUUGCAUAGCACUGUGUGGAUUAAUUUAGUCUCAAACCACCUUAGGUUGACAUUGUUCCAGCUCCACAUAUACAAUGUAGGAAGUACACCACACCAGAAGCCAAUUAAUUUUGAAUGGUACAAACAUAUUUUAAUGUACAAUUAAAUAAUUGGGGGAAAAAUCUGACCACCAUAAUAACUUUAAAAAAAAAAAAAGAACAGACAACCAACCAAACAAACAAACAAACAGUAAAACUACUGAUAUCAGAGCAACAGUUUUUGCUCCUCUCAGCAAGCACCAAAGUGUUAGCAAGGGAACAGUGGUCAAAACUAGGAACCAUAAAACUGUAUGGUUGGUUUUCCAGUCUGUUUUAGAAAAAGAAAAAGAAAGAAAAAGAAAUUUACAGAUCAAAGCAAAUUGCCAUGGUUUGUACAGUGAAUCAUAAUCUAUAUACCUCUAUAUGCACUCAUAAGACAUUUCCCUAAAAUGCCAUGAUAUUUCUCAUUAUUCCCAAAGUGGGACGUAUAUGUUAUGACAGCAGUGUCAUGUUGCAUCAAUACAUCUUUGAAAAAGUGUAAUUCAAUAUCAACUCUUGAAUUAGCUUCAAGAUUUUUAUUCUCAAAAAUAAAAUUAAAUAUAUGCAUCUAUAUAUAAUAUAUAUAUAUAUAUAUAUAUAUAUAUAUAUAUAUAUAUAUAAAACAAAUAUUGUUCUCCUUGUCAUUUAUAAAAUAAGUCUAAAGCCAUAUUGCCUCUGUUUUGUAUUCAUCCAGCACCCCUUCAACCAAGGAAAACAAUUCAUUUAUAGGUUAUUGUCAUAUCAUCAAAAACACCAUCUGCUUUUUAAAACUCUCUUCCCCACUGUAUUUGUGCACAGGAUGGAGAUAAUGACAGUCAGUGUUGGUUUAUUACACACUAAUGAAAUCCUUGUAAUGAAGUACACAUACAAAGGCGCAUUGGUGCUUGUCUG